GGACUUGGUCUUAGUUCCCAGUCGCGGCCAAAUCACGCCUCAGCCACGUCCCGCAAGACUCUCACUGCCUCAGUCACGCUUUCCAGUCUGGUUUCUGGUCCCCAUUUGCGGCUGGUCCGGCCCUGGGAUCCAAUCACUGGCCAGCGAGAGGAAAGUCAGAUUUCUCGACCGGCUACGGGAAGGUCGUGGCUGCCGCCCUGUCAGCCGCCUCGGCGCCCCCGGGGGGACCCCCUCAGGUCUCCUUAACCGGAAGCGGAAGUGCGUGUCGGCGAGAUCAUGGCGACUUUGGUCGAACUGCCGGACUCAGUCCUGCUCGAGAUCUUCUCUUACCUCCCGGUACGGGACCGGAUCCGCAUCUCCAGGGUCUGUCACCGCUGGAAGAGGCUGGUAGACGACCGGUGGCUGUGGCGACAUGUCGACCUGACGCUCUACACGGCCCUAUGAUGUCAAGUAGAGAAAUCCAGCAAUAAAAGGCAGAUAUGCGACCUAAAGUCAUGUGGCACCUCCUUCGAAGGUACAUGGCAUCCCGGCUCCAUUCCCUGAGGAUGGGUGGCUACCUGUUCUCUGGCUCCCAGGCCCCCCAGUUGUCCCCUGCUCUGUUGAGAGCCCUGGGCCAGAAAUGCCCCAACCUGAAGCGCCUCUGCCUACACGUGGCCGACCUGAGCAUGGUGCCCAUCACCAGCCUGCCCAGCACCCUGAGGACCCUGGAGCUGCACAGCUGCGAGAUCUCUAUGGCUUGGCUCCACAAGCAGCAGGACCCCACCGUGCUGCCCCUGCUCGAAUGCAUCGUGCUGGACCGUGUCCCCGCCUUCCGCGACGAGCACCUGCAGGGCCUGACGCGCUUCCGGGCCUUGCGCUCGCUGGUGCUGGGUGGCACCUACCGUGUGACUGAGACAGGGCUGGAUGCUGGCCUGCAGGAGCUCAGCUAUCUGCAGAGGCUCGAGGUGCUGGGCUGCACCCUGUCUGCUGACAGCACCCUGCUGGCUAUCAGCCGCCACCUCCGAGAUGUGCGCAAGAUCCGGCUGACCGUGAGAGGCCUCUCUGCCCCUGGCCUGGCUGUCCUGGAGGGAAUGCCAGCCCUGGAGAGUCUGUGCCUGCAGGGUCCCCUCGUCACCCCGGAAAUGCCCUCCCCCACUGAAAUCCUCUCCUCCUGCCUCACUAUGCCCAAGCUCAGAGUCCUUGAGCUGCAGGGGCUGGGCUGGGAGGGUCAGGAGGCAGAGAAGAUCCUGUGUAAGGGGCUGCCCCACUGUAUGGUCAUCGUCAGGGCCUGCCCCAAAGAGUCUAUGGACUGGUGGAUGUAACUACUCCACCUGUCCCUGGGAGCCAUCCUAGCUUUCAUCGUUGAGCCCCAGACCCUCUGAGCAGCACCCUGAAGAGGGUAGAUAAUCAGACUUGAGGAAAUUGAAAGCCCCAGGUUGAGAGAACAGAGGCCUAGGGACCUCCAGACCAUUGGAAUCACUAUUUGCCAGCUGUGUGGCCUUGGUCAUAUCAUCAGCCUCUGGGAAGCCUAGUUCCCACAUCUGGAAAUAAGGAUGAUGAUCAUAGCUACCUCAUGGUUACAUUGCAAAGCCUUACUCUAAAAGCUCACAGCCUCCAGAGGCUCUCGAUGAAGAGUCACCUUCACGGUCGUCCUCAGGAACAGGACGGAUGAAGAAGGGGUGAGGUUAAGACUUAGGGGCACCCAAGGGGCUGAGCCCCCUUAUGAGUACCCAAGAAGGACUAUCUAUGCAUGCACACCCACAAGCCUAUAUCCCAUUUGUAUACCUACACGCACGCAAAAGACCCAGAGAGAUAGGCAAUGCAGACACGCUAUUCAAUGAUUGAUAUGCUCAUAAAAGCUCUCAGUUCUAUUUUCUGUAUUUUGUAUGCUGUAUUUUCCAAGACAUAUUAUUUUGCUAUUAAAGAAAAAAAUCAUUUUUUUUCCC